ACCAACAUUGAUGAAUGCAUGUCAGCACCUUGUCUUCAUGGGAGCUGCAAGGAUGGAAUAUAUUCAUACUUCUGUCUUUGUGAAUCUGGAUGGAGCGGCAGCAGAUGUGAAACAAAUAAUGACGACUGUGCUUCCGAACCCUGUUUAAAUGGAGGCUCGUGUGUCGAUCUCAUUGAUAAAUAUGCGUGCUUCUGUCAGGAUGGGUACACGGGGAAAACGUGUGAGAUUGAUAUAGAUGUCUGCAAAGACGUCACUUCUAAUGUCUCAUUGUGUUUCAAUGGAGCCACCUGCAUUGACGGUGAAGGAUCAAACUUUACAUGCAGCUGUCCACCAGGUUUCAUGGGGGAUUUUUGUGAAGUGGAUGUUAACGAAUGUUGCUCAGCGCCCUGCCACAACGGUGCCAUUUGCCAAGAUCUUAUUAAUAGCUACGUCUGCCACUGCAGGUCAGGUUGGACAGGCCUUCACUGUGAGGAUGACAUUAAUGAGUGCCUUCCACAGCCCUGCAACCAGGGGAUAUGCAUUCAGAAUGAUCCAGGCUAUGGCUACACCUGUUUCUGUCGUCCUGGAUUUGUGGGGAGGAACUGUGAGCACAACUAUGACGACUGCCUGUUGAAUCCAUGUCCAGAAGCAUUUUCCUGUGUAGAUGGCAUCAACAAGGUCAGCUGCCUGCCUCCUGUUACGGAUGAUGUUCCCCUGGCGACUGUAGUGAAGAACAUCACUCGCGGCUCCACACCCAGAGUGCCAACGCCAACACUCAAAUCAGCACCAACGGCUGAGCAAUCCACAGAUGCAAGCUAUGUUCAUUAUUUUGGGAAUUCAUACCUGGAGUUUGGGGGUAUCGACCUCAGCCCGCUCAACAAUAUUACUGUGAGAUUUCAAACUCAAGCAGCCUAUGGAACUAUACUCUACAUGGACCAAGAACCUGCUAACAGUGAUUUCUUCUUCAUGAAACUCUUCAUCGAGGAUGGAAUCUUGAAGUAUGCAUUUUGCUGUAAUGAAGAGGAAGUGGUUACACGGAUCAGGACGUUUGUUCGUGUUGAUGAUGGUGAGGUUCACAUUGUCAAUAUCAGACAACACCUGACCCCCUGUGAAGCAGAGCUAACACUGUCUGGCCAUGAGAAAAUCAAAAGUACACCAAGUAAUUACUGGUUGGGAUACAUGAUACAAAGAAUAAACCACAUCUUCAUAGGUGGUCUGCCACAACACUAUCUACUCAAUCAGAGAGCAAAACCUUUCCACAACUACGUCGGCUGCAUUGAAAUAAUUGAAAUUAAUAAGCUGAGCUUUUACACAGCUGAUGCCAUUGCCAGCAGCAACAUAGACCAAUGCAGAUAUACUUUGCACGCCAUAGAAACCUGGACAACAAGUUCCCCAAGCAUGACAACUCAAUCAACCACCUCUGACACAGUGAACACAACAACAACGGCAGCUCCCACACAAACACCGAAACAUCCUCCGCAUGAACCUCAAGUUUGUCGUGAUGAUCUUUGUCGCAACGGAGGAACAUGUCAUCAGCUGCAACUGCCUGGUGGAGCUCUGCCUUCCUGUCACUGUCCGCUUCAUUUCACUGGAACUUUUUGUGAGAAAGAUACCACAGUAUAUAUCCCUUCAUUCGAUGGCAUAUCUUACUUGGAGCUGCAGCCUCUUGCAUCCCUUCUCCAACCUACUGGUUCCAGUAAUAAUCUACCCGCUGCUGUCAAGGACACCGCUGUUAUUCUCAGUUUGACUGUGAAAACAAGAUCAACUCAGGGCACCAUUCUCUACACUCAGGAGCAGAACUUUGGCGAUCAGUUCCUUCAUGUGAUCCUUCAAGAUGGAAGCCCUGUUGCUAAACUUGGGUGUGGAGGCAGUCGGGUUUUGAAUGCAGCUGCAGGCCAGAGCAUCAAUAAUAACAGAUGGACGACAAUCACAAUCCGAUACAAUCUGCCUUUUGGCAAACAAGGUGGGUCAUGUAUGAUUGAAAUAGCUGCAGAUAAUGGCACAGCUCAGCGUCUCGAGGAGUUCGUGUCACAACCCAUGUCAGAGGGAACGUUUGGACCCAUAUUUCUUGGGGAUGUUUCGUCCCACUGGGAGAUGCAUGACGGGAGCGCAAAGGGAGCGAGGAGAUUCAUUGGAUGUAUCAGGGAACUUCAGGUCAACUCAAAGGAGAUUUUCCUGGUGGGUGAGGCGGUGAGAGGGAGAAACAUCAAGAACUGUGACCCACCUGUCUGCCAACACCUUCCCUGUCGUAAUGGAGGAACUUGUGUCAGUGAUGCUGAGGACUGGUUCUGUGAAUGCCCCACGCUCUACACAGGCCGACUGUGCCAGUUCCACGCCUGCGAGCGCAACCCCUGUGGUCAUGGAGCCACAUGCAUCCCAAAGUCACCAUUGGAAGCCGUGUGUCUCUGCCCCUAUGGAAGACAAGGUCUACUGUGUGAGGAAUCCAUCAAUAUAACACGUGCCAGAUUCAGUGGAAGUGAUGAGUUUGGUUACACUUCCUUUGUGGCUUAUUCCUCCAUCCCGAGUCUUGGUUUCUUCUAUGAGUUCAAGUUGAAGUUCACGCUUGCCAAUAAUUCAUCUGCUGUGAAAGACAACCUGAUGCUGUUCGCUGGGCAUAAAGGACAAGGCAACGAUGGUGAUGACUUCUUUGUUUUGGGGCUACGGAAUGGCAGAGUUGUGCAUAAAUUCAACCUUGGAUCAGGCAUCGCAGUCAUAGUCAGUGAUCGACUGAACCACAGGAUCAACAUUCACACUGUUACAUUUGGGAGAUCAAAGAAAACGGGAUGGCUGAAGGUUGAUGGGCAGCGCAACAGAACAGGAUCAUCUCCAGGACCCCUGGUGGGCCUCAAUGUUUUCAACCAGCUCUUUGUGGGUGGAUAUAAUGAGUACACCCCUGAACUACUGCCACUUGGCUCCAGGUUCCGUGAUGGCUUUCAGGGGUGCAUUUUUGAUCUACAGUUUUCCACAAGAAGAGACGGAAAGUUCCAAGUACUGGGACAGCCUGCGGGACAUCCGGCCUACGGGCGCAGCGUGGGUCAGUGUGGUGUCAGCCCGUGUGUUCAUGUUCAGUGCAGAAACGGAGGGACGUGUGUGGACUCCGGCUCGUCUGUGUAUUGCCAGUGCCCAUUAAGAUGGAAGGGAGCGCUCUGUUCUGAGACCGUGUCUGUGUGUGAUGUCGAGCACAGUCCCCCUCCACUGUGUGCCCACGGCUCCACCUGCAUCCCUCUCCCGAAUGGAUAUACCUGCCAGUGCCCCCUGGGGACUGCGGGACUCUACUGCGAGAAAGCUGUGACCAUCAGUGACCCAUUCUUCAGUGGUAACCAGUCUUCAUGGAUGUCAUUCCCACAUACGAGUAUUAGACACAGGACUGUUCUGCAGCUGCAGUUCCAGCCUUUAUCACCUGAUGGCAUCCUCGUGUACAUUGCACAGCAUCUCAGUGCCGGAGCUGGAGACUUUUUGUGCCUAUCCCUGACAUCUGGGUUUGUCCAACUGCGAUUCAACCUGGGGGACGGUAUCCACAUCCUGAAGUCUGUUGAGCGAGUGGACUUGAGUGGCCGGACCUGGCACACGGUGAAGGCUGGGCGAUUUGGUCACCAAGGCUUCCUCAGUCUGGAUAACCAGGAGGUUAGAGAGAAUGGGACUGAAGGGAUGGCCACCCUUGAUGUUGCUACGGACAUCUUUGUCGGGGGCGUGUCCACUCUGAGCUUCGUCUCCACAGAUGCAACUGAAGGAGAGCCAAUGGGAUUCACUGGUGGUUUAAGAGAACUCAUAGUCAACGGUGAAGAGUUUGAGUUAACAGAGACGGGGGCGAUAAGUGGAGCAAAUGUAGGGGACUGGGAUGGGACUGCCUGCGGUUACAAAGUGUGCCAAAAUGGAGGUCGCUGCUUGGCAGCAGGAACCAACUCAUUCAUAUGUGUAUGCCUGCCAUCAUGGACUGGUUCUGUGUGUAACCAGUCUGUAAGCUGUGUAAACAACAUCUGCAAACACGGAUCCUUAUGUGCUCCAUCUAGUGUCACCUCAUACCGCUGCAUAUGUCCCUUAGGAUGGGGAGGGAGGUACUGUGACAAGGAAAUAGCCACAGACACUUUCAAAUUUGUGGGAAACUCAUAUGUUAAAUACUGGGACCUGAGAUACAACACAAGGAAUUUUAAAUAUACACAGGUUUCCUUCAGUUUCAGCACAAACACAAAUGACAGCGUGAUCAUGUGGAUGGGAAAGGCAGAACACGAAGACGAUGACUACCUCACAGUCGGACUUGAGAACAGUCAACUCAAGAUUGCGGUCAACCUCGGAGAAAGACUUUCCGUCCCAAUAACUUUCAGAAAUCUCACACUAUGCUGCAACAAAUGGUAUAAUGUUUCCAUAUCUUUAAACAGCACAGUUAUUCAAGUCUUCCUAAACAAUAAGAGAAUCCUUUUUGAAGACAUGGACCCAUUUGAGCGUUAUGUGGCCUUAAACUAUGCCGGUCAACUUUACUUUGGAGGAUUUGAGUUAUACAGAAAUGUAUCAGUUGUUACUUCUGGGCUGUUUUCGAAAGCCUUCGAAGGGAAUCUCAGAAACGUUUAUUUGUUUAAAGACACCAAGCCGCUGCUGUUUCUCAGAGAUAGCAAGGGUUUUAAUGUUUAUGACGGCAAUGAAUAGUAGUGAAACUCUUGGCACCUACAAUAGCUGAACAUUCCCCUUGUGACAUGAUCUUAAACUUGAUUGUGUUUUAUAAUGCCCUACAACAAAGUUGUCCAUGAGAUUUGUGUGAUACUUGGCAGUGGUAGCUUUAGUGUUUUAAAGGAAAGUUCACAAUAAACUUUAUUUCACCACUUGUUUCUUCAACACUGUACAGCUUGAUUUUCAUCUGACUUCUUUAUGGAUCAUUGAAGUUUUACUGGGAUGUGGGUACUUCGUCUGAUUGUCUGAGCUGCACUUCACAAAACUUUACUUGGAUGAAAUAUUUCAAACAUAAUUUUAAGUCUUAAAAGUCAAAUGUGAAAUGUAUCCUUGC